AUGGCACGGGCCGGGGAGAAUACCGCACCCCGGCACUGGCCUCCAGCCCCCUACACGCCCCCACGCUCAGUGCGUGGGGGUUUUCAGGGGCCCCGGAUCUCCGACGCUCCAGGUACCACCACGGGUGCCGCCACGCGGGAGGCCCCACGGACGGUUGGGGUGUCAGGGGUGGCCCGUCCCCCCUCCGUCUUGCCCGCCGUGGUGACCAGCAGCACACUUCCUCCGCCAGGGCAGACCCCCGCUAGAACGCGGGGGCCAUCGCAGGAGUCCCCCCGGCUGGGGACAACGAGGGUCGUGACUCCCUCGAAGGCCCUUUCGUCCGAGGGACUGCCGCCGCAGGCCAGGGGAGAAAGACACCCCCGACCCCAGCGACAGCCCCCCGCCUCCGGCCUCCCGGACCCCGACCUGGGAAUACGUCCCAGCGGCUCCGAAGGGCCCCAGCCCGCCGAGCUCCGCCUCGGAAACGUCCGAGCGGCCCCGGCGGUCUGUCACCUCUACGGACGGGCGGAGCCGGCCCCCCAUGCCAGGACGCACGUCCUAAAAGGACGUCGCCCCGAGACACAGGGGGUAACGGCCCGCAUUGUCCGUUGCCAGACCCACGUAACUGUGGGCCCGGCCCCUCACUGUCCGCCCACCCGGCGACCCGCACCACGUACGGUUCCGCCGCCAGGGUCGGACCCUUCCCCGCCGCCGAGACAGGACCACGUCCAGCCAAGCGACGGGAGAGCCACCCUCCGCAACUCUGCCGGAGCACCGGCGUGCAAUGAGUUGCGGAGGGUCUAG